AUGAGUGAGAAAGAGAAAAUAUACCAAAUUAUUGCUUCUCAUUUUCCAUAUGACACAAUAGAAAAUGUUCGAUUACCAUCAAAAUUAGGUUGUGACAAUAUUAUUUAUUUAAUUAAAUUCUGUUCGGAUACCAUCAUUAUUUUUCGUCAACCAUUAAAAAUUGAUUCAUCAAAAACUUCAUCUGAAUUUAAAUUAAAUGCUAAUGACGAUUCAAUGCCCUAUUUUCCUAUGCAUCGACUUGGACAUCAAGCAUGGGCACUUGAAUUACUGAAAAAUGAACGACUGUCACCAAAACUAUUAGCAUUGAAUCCCGAAAAAAAUUAUUUAAUCGAGAGUUAUAUAUCAGGUCAAGAUUUCAACGAAUUUUCACCUGAAAUAUGCAAAGAACUGGGUGGAUUUCUACAUAUGUUACAUUCAAUUAAAAUGAAACAGUUUGGCUAUAUGAGUGAACAACCGGGUGUGGGGGUUUAUUCAUCAUGGCUGAAAAUGUUUGAAACAGCUUUUAACAAUCUAAAUGAAAAUCAGUAUCCAUUGGAAGAAAUUUAUUUAUCUAUGAUACCUUAUUUAACCGAAUUUAGCAAUCCAGUUCUUCUUCAUGGUGAUAUUUCUUCAGAAAAUAUGCGUGUUCUAAAUGGACAUUUGAAUGGGGUGAUCGAUUAUGCUGAUUGUCUUUGCGGUGAUGGUCUAUACGAUAUCGGGCGAUUAUUGCUGCUUGCUAAGGCGGAAUGGAAAUAUGUUGAUGCAAUUGCACAGGGUUACAAGUUGUCGAGUAGUGAAAAAUCGUGGACAAAAAGUGAAAAACAAUGUAUUCGAUUUUAUGCAUGUUAUUUUGCUAUGUGGCUGGAAUCAGAUAAUGAUGUUGUGGAAAAAUUGUUGAUGUCCAUUCCUGAUUGA